CCCCCCUGCAGCCGCAAGAGGAACUGCAGACUUGGACUGUGAAAGGGAAACCACUGGCGUUCGUGCAUCAAUAUUCAUCUCUCGGUCACCAACACAUUGUUUCUUUGGCUGUAUUGAAGGUUAGGCUGUUUCUCGUUCGUCGAAAUGGCGUCUAACGAUUAUUCCCAAACAUCUGGCCAGGGCUAUGGGUCCUAUGGCGGAGGUGGAGGUAGUGGAGGUGGUGGUGCUAACCAGGGCUAUGGUCAGUCUUCUGGACAGAGCUACAGCCAGCAGGGCUACGGGGGCUAUAACCAGAGCUCUGACAGCAGCCCCGGCUCCUACAGCCAGGGAGGAUUUGGCAGCUAUGGUCAAUCCCAGUCAGGAUACAGUUCUCCACCCUCUAACCAGGGUGGUGGUGGUGGUGGUUAUAAUCAGUCCUAUAGCCCUGGAGGCUAUAACAGCAACCCGCCCUCCAACAUGAGCUACAACCAGCAGUCAUCCUUCUCUGGGUACAGCCAGCAGCAGCCUCCUUCUUCAUCCUCCGCAGGCUAUGAAGGUAACCCGCAGGCCUCUGGCUACAACCAGCCACCGAGCGGUGGACAGAGUGGAGGUGGUUACGGCAGCGGUGGAGGUCAGACUGGUGGCUAUGGGGGCAGCGGGAGCCACCAACAAUCAUCCCAACACGGAGGAGGUCACUACAACCAGCCUUCGAGCUACAACUCGCCCCCUCCACAGAGCUACAGUCAGCAGAGCCAGUAUGGUCAAGGUGGAGGAUAUGGAGACGAAAGCCCACCGAUGAGCGGAGGAGGAGGAGGAGGUGGAGGGUACACUGGUCCCGAUGGAGGUUACGGAGGUCAGGAUGGCCGCGGUGGCAGGGGACGCGGGGGUGGAUUUGGAGGUCGCGGUGGUGGCGGAUAUGAUCGUGGUUUUGACCGAGGUGGCCGAGGUGGUCCAAGAGGAAGAGGAGGCAUGGGAAUGGGCGAUCGUGGAGGAUUCAAUAAGUUUGGUGGACCAAGAGAGCCGGGACAUGGACAUGGAGGACCCAGCUUCAUGCAAGACCAGGAUAACUCUGAUAAUAACACUAUCUUCGUGCAAGGCCUGGGAGACGACUACACUGUUGAAUCAGUGGCAGACUUUUUUAAGCAGAUUGGGAUCAUUAAGAUCAACAAGAAGACCGGCCUGCCCAUGAUCAACCUGUACACAGACCGAGAGACAGGGAAGCUGAAGGGGGAGGCUACCGUGUCCUUUGAUGACCCCCCCUCAGCUAAGGCUGCCAUCGACUGGUUUGAUGGUAAGGACUUCAAUGGAAAUCCUAUCAAGGUGUCUUUUGCCACCCGCAGAGCCGACUUCGGAGGCCGAGGUGGCAUGAGGGGAGGACGAGGAGGACGAGGAGGGCCAAUGGGUCGUGGUGGAUUUGGGGGGGGUCGAGGUGGAGGUUUCCCAGGAGGCAACGGAGGCAAUGGGGGCAACGGGGGCAACGGGGGCAAUGGGGGCGGUGGAGGAGGACAACAGAGAGCUGGAGACUGGAAGUGUUCGAACCCCAACUGUGGCAACCUGAACUUCUCGUGGCGUAAUGAGUGUAACCAGUGCAAGGCCCCGAAACCUGAGGAUGCUGGUGGGAUGUCCCCAAUGGAAAGAGGAGGUUAUGGAGGAGGAGAGCGCAGAGGGGGGUUUGAGCGGGGUGGCUUCAGGGGCCGAGGCGGCGACCGCGGGGGCUUCAGAGGGAGCCGAGGGGGCGACCGCGGAGGAUACGGCCCUGGAAAGAUGGACGCAAGGGGUGACCACAGACAGGAGCGGCGGGGCCGUCCCUACUAAAUCAUCCUCCAUAGGACAAAGUCUCCCCUGUCCCACCUCCAGUAGAAAGACCAGUGUGUGUCCCCUGUCCAUACACCUUCCACCUUUUAUAUUAAUCCGUUAACUUUGUUCCUUUACAUUCAGUGUGUAGAAAAAUGUGACUAUCCCUAUUUUUGUGUUUGCUCUUGUUCAUGUGACUCGUUGACGUCUAUCCACAGUUCCUUCUUCUGCUCAGUGAGGUCUCAUUGCACACAACUCUACAACUUAAAGAUGGGGUAGGCCGUUUUUGUGUGUGUCAUUGGGCAAACCUCUAUAAUAACCUUUCAUAAUUUUGUAAUUCAAAUGUUCUGAGAAAAACUGGACUUCUAUGCUUUGUUUUCAGGCUUUAGAAAAUUUUGCCCAUGGAAAAAAAGAAGUCUAAAAGAGAGUCGCUAAUAGGUUAGCAUUCUGCUAACCGUAGCCAAAGGCCCACAGCUGCAGCUAAUUUAAGCUAAUGUUUUUGAAGCUAGCUACUGUAUAACCUAGAAUCACAGUAUGUCAUAUCAAAGGGCUUUACAAAGAAAACAGUACAGUAAUUCUCAUAGAAUUGUUGCUAGAUAACAACAUUCAUCAGGAUGAAGUUAGUCUUGCUAUCUCCACAGCGCUGUGACAGCGUCUCCAAUAGUGGAGAUAGCAGGGGGAGGGGGGGGGCAGGCUUUAUGCCUGCAAUGUGAGGACAAAGGGGGGGGGGGGCUGCAGAAGGAGGGCUGGAUAUUCACAUUCUGCUGAUUUUUGUGUGUGUGCCUUUUCCAGAAAACUGCCUACCCCAGCUUUAACACAAGCUUUCAGAAACGUUUCAGACAAGUCCAGUUUAACCAUGUUAAACCACUUACUACAUCUGCAGGGAGAUUAUGUUUCAGGUCUCAUUUCAGUCUCAGCUUUAAAAGAAAUGUACGGAAAAUUCUUCUCUUUGUUGUGGAUUCAUUAACGUUUUAAAAGGAAUUCCUAACAUUGUAAAAUAAUAAAUGUGUCAACAUUAUUAUUAAUUUCUCAUGACCUGCUGUACUUGCAGGAAUUAAACAAAUCUGGCACUUGUAUCCUAUAACUAUAGUACAUUUUGUGAAUAUAAACAUUUACUAAUGUAUUAUUAAAAUCUAGAAGAUUGAAGCUGUUGUUCUAGUUUGGAAAUGGAAACAAAAGUGAAUGUUGCUUUUAACAUCAGAGCUUGUACUACUGUUAACAUAGAGAACAAAUUAAAAGUAAUGGAUGAUUAUAACUUUAUGUUUUAUACAUGUUUUUUGUGUUUUCACUUAAAACAUGUCUGAUAGCUUGUGUUGUAAAUGUGUAGCUGUCACUGUUGCUGCAUGCUUAAAUGUCAGCUUUGGAAACAAGUUAAGCUGGUGCUGCAAUGGUUUACAGUCAAGAUAACCAAACCAGAAAAUCUGUUUGCUUUUUACGGUCAGUGAUUUAUGUGUGACUUCAGUCACUUGGCAAAAACUAAUUAAAAACUAAUUAAACUCAUUGCAACCAUCACAUUGAAUACCAAUACUACACGAGAUGCCAACAUUUGUUCUCACAAGAUUUAAUAACACAGUACACUCUCUGGUUUUAAAUAUUAAGUAUGUCAUGAGAAAAGAGCUUAAGAUUAUGAUGAAGUAAAAUCCUCUUUUGUUAAUGAGCCAACAUGUCUCUGCAGAUGUAUUUAACAUGCUUUUGUUGAGACAGAACUCAACUAGUGUAUUUAUUAUUUAUGAGUUUUUGUAUUGUGCAUGUGCUGGUUUUCAAAUGAAGGAGUUUCUUAAAAU